AUGGCGGCCGCCUCGUCGCCCUUGGUUACUGUGCGCUCGCUGGCCCGGCCCCGAGCCGGGGGGGAGCGGGCCCCGUGGCGACUGAGGGCCGCCGCCAUCGCCAUCGCCCCCGGCAGGUCCCUGUGGACAGCGAAUGUUGUUCAGCAGGCGGAGCAUGCAGCCACCACCCCAGAGCCCAGCGCUGUGUACUCUCAAGCUUUGUCUGCCUGUCGUGGACCUCUGGAGCACUACAAUUUCCUGAUAGGAGCUGAAGAACUGCGGGACGAUGAGCACCAGAGAAGAGUUGUGCAGAGUUUGCAGAAGUUACACGAAAGCCUUAAGGGAUACAGUAUUGGUUCCCAAACCUUCUUUUCCAAGAUUUUUGCCCGAAGCAAGCCUCCAAAGGGCCUUUAUAUCUAUGGAGAUGUUGGUACGGGGAAGACAAUGGUGAUGGACAUGUUUUAUUCUCACAUAGAAGUGGAAAAUAAGAAGAGAGUCCAUUUUCAUGGUUUUAUGAUAGACGUACACAAACGAAUACAUCGUCUUAAACAGAGUUUGCCAAAAAGGAAACCAGGACUAAUGGCUAAAUCAUAUGAUCCAAUAGCUCCCAUCGCUGCAGAAAUCAGUGAAGAAGCCUGUCUCUUAUGUUUUGAUGAGUUUCAGGUCACUGACAUUGCUGAUGCCAUGAUUCUGAAGCAGCUUUUUGAAAAUCUGUUCAAAAACGGGGUCGUCGUUGUGGCAACAUCCAACAGGCCACCGGAAGAUCUCUAUAAAAACGGGCUUCAGAGGGCUAACUUUGUGCCGUUCAUCGCCGUGCUGAAGGAGUACUGCAGGGCCAUGCAACUGGAUUCUGGAAUUGACUACAGAAAGAGGAUCCUUCCUGCAGCGGGGAAGUUGUACUACCUCACAAGUGAAGCUGAUGUGGAGGCUGUCAUGGAUAAGUUGUUUGAUGAGCUGGCUCAGAAACAAAAUGAUUUAACCAGACCAAGGAUUCUGAAAGUGCACGGCAGAGAGCUGAGGCUGAAUAGAGCCUGUGGGACUGUGGCAGACUGCACAUUUGAAGAGCUCUGCGACAGACCCCUGGGAGCCAGUGACUAUUUGGAGUUGUCCAAGAACUUCGACACAGUGUUUGUUCGCAACAUACCUCAGUUUACCUUGGCAAAGAGGACCCAGGCCCGGCGCUUCAUCACUCUGAUUGACACCUUCUAUGAUUUCAAGGUGCGAAUUAUUUGUUCUGCAUCCACUCCUCUCUCAAGCCUGUUUCUGCAUCAGCAUCAUGACAGUCCUUUGGAGCAAAGCAGAAUACUGAUGGAUGAUUUGGGCCUGAGCCAGGGCUCAGCCGCAGGACUGUCUAUAUUUACUGGAGAAGAGGAGAUCUUUGCAUUUCAGCGCACAAUCUCUCGGCUCACAGAAAUGCAAAAUGAACAGUACUGGAGUGACGGGGACAGAAGCAAGAAGUGACUGUGCCUUGUUGGGGAGAACAUCGUUGAAGAAUCAGAAAAUCGUAUUUCCCCGUCAUUAGUGGAUUGGAUUCAUUUUGCACUUUAUUCACUGGACCAUUAACCUCUUACUGUACACGUUGGUCAGAUUUCUGGGAUUAAUAAAUUAAAAUAUUUUUAACUAACUA